AGCUAGAAAAUUUUGGAAGAGAGCUAUUUAUUUGCAUGUUUUGUUGCUGGAUCUAAAUUUACCAUGGACAUUACAUUGACGGGGGUCAUGUUUCUUCUUUGCAUCUUCAUCUACUCAACUUGGGACACCUUUUACAGAAGACGUAACCUUCCUCCUGGUCCAACCCCACUGCCUCUCGUAGGGACACUGCUGCACAUAGGAAGGGGGAAGCUGGUAAAUUCUCUUAUGAAGCUUUGGGAUCAGUAUGGCUCAGUGUACACUCUUUACUUUGGUUCGAGGCCAGUAGUUGUUCUCUGUGGCUAUGAAACAAUGAAGGCGGCACUUAUAGAUCGGGGAGAUGAAUUCGGUGCUCGGGGUUCCCUGCCUGUACUGGAAAAGUUUGUACAGGGUUACGGCAUCAGUCUGAGCAAUGGUGAACGGUGGAAACUCAUCCGAACCUUUACUGUGAGGACCCUGAAGAGCUUUGGGUUUGGAAAGAAAAGUAUUGAGGAAAAAAUUCAAACAGAAGCACAAUGCAUUGUGGAUGAAUUUAGAAAAUCUAAUGGUCAACCGUUUGACCCAGAUAAGAAGCUUAUGGAUGCUUUUUCGAAUGCUCUCUGUGCUGUCGUAUUUGGAGAUCGUUUCGAGUACAAGGACGAGAGGUUUAUUCAGUUACUUGCCAUUGCCGAAGAAUCUUUCCAUCUUGCAAGCUCUUCCUGGGGACAGCUGCAGAGCAUUCUGCCCACAAUCAUGAACUAUGUUCCAGGACCUCACCAAAGGAUGAACACUCUCUCACAAGAAUUGGCUGAUUUUAUAAAUGAGAGAGUGAAGGCAAGUCAGGAGACUCUGGAUCUCAGCUCACCCAGACAUUUCAUUGACAGCUUCCUCAUCAAAAUGGAAGAGGAGAAAAAUAAUCCUCAAACUGAGUUUAAUUUAAGAAACCUCCUAAUGACAACCCAUAAUCUGUUUCUAGCGGGUAUUGAGACAGUGGCCACCACUGUGCGAUACGGAAUGCUUAUCUUACUAAAGUAUCCUGAAAUACAAGCUAAAAUCCACAAGGAAAUUGAUCAAGUAAUUGGACAAGACCGGGCCCCAAAUUUUGAAGACAGAAUGGCAAUGCAUUAUACUCAGGCAGUUAUCCAUGAGGUCCAGCGAUUCUGUGAUGUUCUCCCUCUGAAUCUACCUCAUAUGGUGACGAGAGAUAUUCAGUUUAGAGGAUAUCAGAUCCCAAAGGGCACAGAGAUUUACCCUCUACUCUGCACUGUUCAUCGUGACCCUAAACAAUUUUCCUCUCCAUGGAAGUUUGAUCCGAACCACUUCUUAGAUGACAAUGGAAAUUUCAAGAAGAAUGAUGCAUUGAUGCCUUUUUCAGCAGGAAAGAGAAUCUGCCCAGGGGAGAAUUUGGCCCGAAUGGAAAUCUUCAUUUUUCUCACCAAAAUCCUGCAAAAUUUUAAACUGACUUCUCCGACUGACUUCACGGAGGCUGAUAUUGCUCCAAAAAUGGCAGGAUUCUUAAAUGCUCCCAUCAACUACAAGCUGUCAUUUAUACCUCGCUAGGACUGAUGUACUGUGGUCUUCAUAUGUACCCUGGUCAUCCAAUGUGGUCAAUCAAUUUAUGGGCUUUCCAUGGGUAAUACUUUAGUAAGUGACUUGUAUUGCCUUCUCUCUACAUGAUAAAUGCCAUUGGCUGAAGUGAGACAACCCCCUUAAAAUGUAGAAAAGAAAGGUCUGCACCUGACAGCCCUCUCCCCAGCCGAAACAUGGAUUUAAAUGUUAAAACUGAUCUCUUUUUACUGAAAAUUAUCUCAUAUAUCUCUUAUAUAUAUAUAUAUAUAUAUAUAUA